AUGCCAAACAACAAGAAGAUCAGAAAGGAGAUUAGGCGAGAGACCACGAUCGAUCGCGAAGAGCGCGUCAAGAUAAAGAUCGAAUUCAAUCUCAAACGAGUCCAGAGGCUUGUCCAGCUCCCGAGGACCGACAUCGUUCAUAAGGCGCUUGCCUAUCAUCGAGAUCAGAUCACGCGCCUACACAAGAUUCAAAAAGGAUUUAUCGAAGAGAGGAAACGCGUCCGCAAUGCAAUGUUGCUAGAGAUAGAACAGCAUUGUUGGACCAUGAUGCAAGGACAUGGCUUUGAUGAUCUGCUUACUUCGGAUGAUGCCCCAAACCGCGAUCCACCCAAUCUUGGAGAUCAAGACCAAAUGGCCAUCGAUCAACCCACGAACAAUGUCGCCAACGUCCAAUUCGAUUGGUCGCAAACUUCCAGGGUGGUGGAGUUGAUUUCGCAUCAAGAAGACGAGGAGAGAGCUCGUUUGACAGCCGGCCAACAGCCUCAUGAUCCGUUCGCGCCGAUCGAAUUUAUUAGCGAUAAAGCAUUCGCUACUCUGCCACACCAGCUUGUCCUGUUAGGGCGACUUAGGACUACACCUCAACUAAUAGACGCCUACCCAUACACAAAGGCUUAUCUAGAGGAACCACCACUCGACAGCAACCACGAUCGCUUGCAGAGCUUCCGAAAAGAUGCUAUCUCAGCUAUCGAGGCCUACAAAAAGCAAUGCGAAGCCGAAAUGAAAGAUGUACAGUCUACCGAGAAGCAAAAAGUCCGGGCCCGGAUCUCAAACUCAAGCAAGCUUUGGCCAAUGGACAAGUUCAUACUGACCUUGGCGACAUUCAUUCCCCAGGGCUCCUACACCACAUAUGCGGCCAUACGCGAGUGGGCGAGUGAUGCUGGAAACGACCUAGAUGACGAGGAACUAUGCUCAGCGCUGAGGAGAGCAAGCCGAGCUUUUGGAAUCAGGGAAGUUCCCAGCUAUCGCGUUAUCAAAGCAAACAAUGGGCCAAAUCAGACUGGCUGUGAUUGGGGUGAUCAUUUGCCUGAUUUCCUAGAACAGACGAGGAUUGAGCUGUUUGAGCACGACAAGAUCGAAUUUGAUAAGCAGAAAAGGAUGCUCGGGGGUAGACCGUUCACAUUCUACAAGUUCCGGGAUCUGAUGAGGGGCACCACGAUGGAGGAAUGGGUCGACAAGCUCCCCUCCCGCCCCUCCCAGUUCGAAGGAUAA